AUGGCAAGCAAUGGCCUGCGCACCCAAUACCCCUACGCGGGGGACGCCCUCAGUCCUCGGCCGCUAUAUGACUUCCCUUCGCCCUCUUCAAACUACCCGUCUAGCCUAGGGGCACCGUCACCCAGCUUCUUUCCCAUGGCCUACCAAAUCUCCCCGCGAUUCGGCGCCAGCGCCUUCAUUCCACCGCCCAAUGUCUUUGAUUCUGGCCGCAGAGACACGGUGCGCGAGAACGGCGGCUACACCCCACAAGAAAUGCGAAAACGAAGCUCCGACGCGCUGCAUACAGAUCCCGUGGCUAUGCACCUGCUGGUGGAGACGGCCAUAGCAGACAGCCAGUACUUUGACAUUCUGACCGUGGAAGAAGUGGAUGCGCUAAAGCAGGAGCAGAAGACGCUCGAUGCGCGACUGGGCACCGUGAGGAAGAAGUUGGAGUCGGAGACGAAGAUCCGCGAUGCAACGCGCUCCCUCAGUCGAUUGGCGUCCAAGAAAGGCAUUAGGCACACGAGGGGUCUAAGCAGCAAGGGCAGUGAUGGAGCCCAGGAGCACGAUGUCCAGUCGCAAGAGGGACUGGAUGUAAGCAACAAGAAGGUCGAGGAACUCAUCCGAGACUUGCUGGAAAUCGAAUCUCGCAUGCGCAUGAUUGAUAUGCAGCUGCUGAUGCAUACCGCCGCUGUACUCCAGCUAACGCACAAGGGCCCCAAAAGCCGCAUCGAGAACUCAGCCAUGUCGGACGAGGUAUCUCGAAGACCAGACAGCCCAGCCAGCCUGAACGCAUAUGAGUUUGGCCGGGGAAACGGCACUCGAGGCGAGGGUGACUUCGACGAACGCAGCUUUUACAGGUCGCCAGAGAAUCUCGACAGUCUCAUGAAUGUGCUACAAAACGGGACCUACCACCACUCUCCACCUACUGAGCGCCAGGAACCAGCCCUGACCUCGACGGCAAAGCGUCUCGAAGAAAUGAAUGAGAAGCUGCGGACGCUCAUUGUCCAAGUCAGUCCGGAACAGGAACGUGAAUAUGCUCUCCCACCACUAGCACUCGAGGGUGUCCCGGACGCUGCGACCGUAGAUCGCCAGCUCGACUUUCUCGAUGAAGGCCUCCGUAGCAUUAGCGCUGAGCAUGCCAACAUGCACAAGAAGUCGAGGCACUCGUCGAGCGAGGUGGAAGGUCGUCUCGGGGGCAUCAACAAUCAGCUGUACGCCGUACUGAGUCGGACGAAUGCUGAAGGCGCCAAUCAAAUCCCACCUCCACCUGCUAUUACUGGUAGCGGCUCGACUGAACAACUUAGUUACCUGGAAGAUUCCUUCUAUAACCUCGAACAGGUUCACUACUCGCUGAGCAGCCAAAUUGAUGAGCUACAAUCGAAAGCCCCCAGCAACCCAGACUCGGAGCAAGCAGAGAAGUAUGAGACCACAUUGAUCGGCCUCUGGCAGAUUAUUCUAGCUGGUGAGGAGCAGGCACGGGAACGAAAACGAGAGCGUCGCCGUUUACUCGCAGAGGAUCCAGACGCGGACGAACAGCUGUCGCCUGAUGAAGAUUACAACGCCAACGAAUCUUUCUCGCUACCUGCUUUCUCAGCAAAGGUACAAUGGCUAUUCAGCCGUGCUACCAGCCUCAAGGACAAGCAAUCGGUCCUGAUGCGACAGAUUAAACAGCAACGCGAGCUGAACAGCAAAUCAGAUGCUCAGAAAGAGGCUGAUUUCGAGCGGCUCAACGUGCAGGUCCUUAGCGCAAGGUCUGAAAAGAUGUCCAUGGAAGACGAGCUAGAGCGCGCAAUGAGCCAACUCCAACAGUUCGACGAGCCGAAGGCUCAGGCUGAGGCCCAAGCAAUGCGGGAGACACAAGAGCGUAACGCCGGGCUCGAGGCACAGCUUAUCAACAUGCAAGAACGUGCUAUGGCUUUCGAAACCGAACUCAAAGAAGCCAAGACACGUGCCACGGCUUAUGAGAACCAACUCAAGGACGUGCAGGAACAAGCCGUUAGUUAUCAGAAUCAGCUACGAGACGUUGAGCAACGGAGCACCACAUACGAAAAGGAACUCAAGGAUCACCAGGAGCGCAACACUGCGUUCAAUGUGCAAUCUCGUGAAGUCGAGGGACGUAGCGCUGCUUAUGAGGCUCAUGUUCGGGACGCACAAGAGCGCGCUAUUACCCUUGAGAAUAGCCUACGAGAAACUGAGAAUAACCUACGGGAAACCGAGAAUGAGCUACGAGAGACCCAAGACAGUGCUCGUGUCGAAUCCCUAACAAUUCAAGCCGAGCUCGCAGAGUCUGCGGAGAAGAUCAACCAAGCUGCAGCAGCACUCAUGAAAGUAACAGCUGAAAAGGAAGCUGCAGAGGCUCGAUCUCUGGACGCGACGAAUGCGCUCAACGCCAAAGAAGAAGAGUUCCGCAGUCUUGAAGGCGAAAUUGUGCGCCUCACCACCGAACUCACCUUCGCCAAAGCCGAGCUUGACGGUGCAUACGGCACUCGAGCCCAACGCGCGGCCGACUCUGCCGCGAAUCCGGCCAUCAAACGAGAGCUAGACGAGCUGAGCGACAGAAACCAGGCUCUCAGAGACGAAAUUGAAGCUCUCCGAAAAGUCCAAGACGCAGCCUCGCAAUCCGAAGCGGAAGCGCGCAACUCAGAGCGCAACCUCAAGGCUGAGCUCUCUGGUAUGGCCGGCGAAUAUGAAGCGCUCACUCGCGACGCUAUACAGAAUGAGAAAGAUCGGGAUGUGCUUGAGAGCCAGAUCGACAAGCUAAGAGAUGAGAAAGAGGCGCUAGAGCGCGAACUGAGUGACGAGAAGGUCAAAUGGCUGGGCGUCAGGAGUCCAGGGAUGCCGAAUGGCGGGGCCGGCCAGCUGGAUCUAGGGGCUACGAGUAUCCGGAUGCUAAGGGAAGAUUUCAGGAAGAUGAUGAGGGAUCGGACAUCGGAGGGACUCAAAGCACUUAGAACUGAACAAGAAGAGCGUCGCAAACUCGAAGCCCUGGUCCGUCAACUUCGGAAAGACGCGACUCCGCAGCGAUCGAAUUUGUCAAAGACCAUUGUCGCGCAACAUUGA